GUGAUUUCUGGGAUGGUGUUGCCGGGCGGAGGGGGGGGGGGGGAGAUGAGGUGGCCGGGACCUGUUGGAAAUGACAGCUGAGGAAGGCGGACUGAAGCUCGGGGAUCGCAAUAACAGCAAAGGCAGGAGAUAGCGGAGAAAAUCACCUCGCGUUGAAGGGUGUGUCAGGGUUGUAGCGAUGGAGUCCCUGAUGAGCGCGGUGGCUCCGCGCUCCCCGGCGCCCGCCAAGAAGCUGUCCGAGGUGGACUUCCGGUCGGGGGCCACGCUGGAGCAGCUGUCGGCGCAGGUGUCGGAGCUGGUGGUGCUGGAGCAGGGGGAGUUCGGGGACCAGACAGCCUUAGAAGUCCACACGGCCAAGGACUUCAUCUUCAACAUGCUCGGUUUAGUCCAGAAGGUGGACCAGCGCCUCCCGGUGGCCAACGAGUACCUGCUGCUCUCCGGCGGCGCCCGGGAGGGCGUGCUGGACCUGAACCCCGAGGACCUGGGCGACUACGCCAGGGGGGCCGACUUCGACCUGGACUUCACCCUGCUGGUGCCCGCCCUGAAGCUGCACGACCGCAACCAGCCCGUCACGCUGGACAUGCGCCACUCGCCGCCGUGCCACUCCUGGCUCAGCCUGCGCCUCUGCGACUCCAACGUCCUGUCCCGCUGGAGCGUCUGCUGCCAGGAGGAGAACGGGCUGCCCCCGGAGGAGGACGAGGAGGAGGAGGAGGACGAGGAGAUGGGUAAAGGCUCCAUCCCGUCCCUGGGCUCCCCCCAGUCCCUGGACGGGUGCUACUUCUCCCCGUCGUUAGUGACGGACUGGUUCUGGGGGGUGGUGAGCGAGGCGGUGGAGGAGCUGCGGCGCAGCCCCCAGAGAGGCAUCCCCACCCCGGAGCGCCUGGAGAGGAACGGACCCCUCACCACCAUCAUCCUUCAGGCGGGCUCCAGCCGGGUGCUGUACGACCUGCUGCCGGUGGUGUCGUUCCGGGGCUGGCCCGCCGUGGCGCAGGGCUGGCUCACCGCCAACCACUUCUGGGACGGCAAGAUCACGGAGGAGGAGGCCAUCUCCGGCUUCUACCUGCUGCCCUGCUGCUCGCCGCUGGGCGGCCGGCCCGACAGGGAGUGGAGGCUGGCCUUCUCACGCAGCGAGGUCCAGCUGAAGAAGUGCAUCCCGUUCCCCAUGGCUCAGGCGUUCCAGGCGGCCAAGGCGGUCCUGUCUCGGAUCCUGGCCCGCCCCCGGACGGGCCUCAGCCUCUACCACCUGCGCACGCUCCUCUUCUGGGCGUGCGACCGCCUCCCCGCCGCCUACCUGUCGUGCCCCGACGCCGACACCCCCGGCCGCCUCCUGCUGGGCCUGCUGGACGACCUGGCCCACUGCAUCCUGGGGAAGAACUGCCCCAACUACUUCCUGCCGCAGUGCAACAUGCUGGAGCACCUGAGCGACGGCCAGGCGCUGCUGGUGGCGCGGAAGCUGGCGCACGUGCGCUCGGACCCCAGCGAGCACCUGCGCGCCGCCCUGGACCAGGCGCAGCAGGCGGGCCAGCUGAAGAAGGAGCUGACGGGGACGUCCAACGGCCACGGCUCGCCGGGCCACCAGCCGGCCAACGGCAUCAUCUCGCCGUCGGAGGACAAGCUGGCGCAGCGGCUGCAGCAGCUGGUGACCGAGAACCCCGGGAAAUCCAUAUCGGUCUUCCUCAACCCGGACGACGUCACCCGGCCGCACUUCCGCAUCGACGACAAGUUCUACUGAGGAGCCGGACGCCGACCGGACGCGGCGGCGACCGGGGAGGGGGGGAAUCAGCCGGCUGGUCCGCCUCCAGAACCUUAACAAGCACAGCCGCCCGACUCCAAAACCAAAAACACUUUUUUUUCCUACCGGACAGAAUUCUCUCCAGGCGUCGCCGAGCCGCCGCCCUCCCCGUAACGAGCUGGCCUUAAUGAGACUCAUCAGCUGGUGCUACAAAGACGAGGGCCGGCUGCAGUCCAGCGGAGACCGACGCAGCGCGCGUGUGUGUGUGUGUGUGUGUGUCUGUGUGAGCGUACGUUUCCACACUUUACGUCUAAAGGCGGCGGGAGAAAGGCUUCUUGAUUGCUGCGUCUCUCUUCAGGUGUGUGACGGCUGGUCUAGAAGGGAAAAACAAGGUGUGGCUGAUGUAACUGAAUGUAACGUCGUGAGGAGAUCUGCAGUCUUUCAACACUCCCGUUUCUCUUUCAACUACAUUUUAGCCCGUUUUUUUUUUUUUCCUCCCCCCGCAGAUCCUCACGCCUCGAUUUGUGGCGUCUUUUUCCCCCCAUUUUCUUCUUUUUUUCGUCCUAAUCUCUCUCAGGUAUGCACAACCUUGUUUUAAUGUCUGCGGUUCCCUUUUUUAGAAAAAAAAAAGAAGUCUUUAACUGCAUUUCAUGUCGCUUGCAUUUCACGGGGUGAUGGAAUGUACCAAAGAGCUGCAUUCGGUGGGUUUGGCACAGAGACACGUUUCAGUACAUCCCUCAGCGUCGGAUUUCGUUCCCGUUCGACCUGCUGAUUGAUGGUCCGAGUGUUAAUUUGUCGUCUUUUCCGUUCAUUCAUUCCAACGGAAUCGGAAAGUCUUUCAUAUCAUGUUUUAGUCGUUAGCUGCUGUGGGUUCAGGCUUAUUUCAACUUAACGACGCAAUAUUGAGCAUACGAGCCUGUUAUUUGACAUCAGCUUCAUCCGUUUGCUUUUGGAGCAGGCCUCCUCUUUAAAGAGCUCCAUCUCAUCAGCUUUUCACGUAGUCGCUGCUAUGUUUUUAAUCUAAUCUGACCUGUGCAGAAUUCUUUUGAAAUGAUUUCAAGGUCAAACGGUUAAAUCAUCCAGACAGUGUUAGCAGGUCAUCCGUACAGCAGCGUUUACGUCGUGUGUUCAGUGCGAAGAUCCAGCCGACGGGAGGCUUUCAGACCAAGUGUACGCAGACUAAGUUUCAUUUUAAAGACUUGCUUCUGAGAACCGUCCGCCGUCUCCUCUGCUUGGUUGAUCUUUUUUAAUGAGCUUCUUGUGCGGAGUUUGCGGAGAGAUGAACCGCGCAGCGGGACGCAGACGGACACCUGGGUGCCGAACGCCAGACUCUCCCCUCAGCGGGGGGGGGGGCGUGUUCGCCACCGGGGCCCCAUCAAGCUGUCCUCUGAGGGGGGCAAGAGGUAAAUAGAUGACAGAGGGGGGUAAGAAUAGAGGCAAACCCUUCUCUGGUUCUUAUUCUAUUUUCCUGCAAUCUCAGUUCAGUUCAAGUUGUUAUUGUAGUCCUUGGGGGGGGGGGGGGGGGGGGGGGGGGGCACCGAAUGCUCUGAGAAUGUGGUGGUUUCUCCAAAAACGAUGUUUACACUCCUGCAGCAACACUCGACUGAUUUGAUUACGAGCCGUACAGCCGGUAAAACGCCACGGCGGGAAAAAAAAUAACAAGCCAAACCCAACGAGCUGCAGUUUUCCUCACUUCCACUUCCAUUAAUUCAAUCCAGAACAAUUCAUGGGAGUUUACCCAGAGCUGCUUGUUUUUACUCUAAUGAAUCGGAGCGUCGGCGGAACGCGAUCCGCAAACAAACUCAUGUUUAAACUUAGAUUGAAUUAGUUUACCGACUUCUACAAAGCUGCUGCGUCAGGGGACGACAUUGAUGGGAAAAAAAAAGAAAAAGCACACAGUUUGUGACAGGUUUGCUUGAAUAUCA